AGUUGGCAUAUAUGUUGUAUUUUGCAGCAAAGUGCUGUCUCAUUCAUAUUUACACCAUUUCAAGCCCUUAGCCUCUAACACGCGGAACAUAUCCCGUCUCGGGUGUUUCUGGCGGACUGUUUACACAGUUACAACACGGAAAAGUGUUUCCGGCGGACUGUUUACUCAGUUACAACACCGGAAGUUCCCGUGGCUUCACGGUUUGAAGUCUCAGGGGUCCGAAGCGCAGAACAUAUCCCGUCGUGGGUGUUUCCAGGGGACUGUUUUCACAGUUACAACACCGGAAGUCUUCUCCGCCGCACGGAGCGUGGUGUGUAGUCGUGUAGCGGCAUCUCUUCGCUCUCGGAGCCGCGCGGUCGGACCCUGAUCGCCGCCGCACAGCAACAUGUUCGCGGGGCUGCCGGAGCUCGGCAUCUCCAACGGGGAGGACCUGAAGGAGACGCUCACCAACUGCACCGAGCCGCUGAAAGCCAUCGACCAGUUCCAGAUGGAGAACGGCAUCCUGCUGCCCACCCUCCAGUCGGCGCUGCCCUUCCUCGACCUCCACGGGACGCCCCGGCUGGAGUUCCACCAGUCCGUCUUCGACGAGCUGCGGGAGAAGCUGAUGGAGCGAGUCGCCACCAUCGCCGAGGGCAAGGACGAGGAAAGGUACGGGAAGCUCGAGGAGCUGCUGGAGAAGAGCUUCCCGCUGGUCAAGAUGCCCUCCAUCCAGCCUGUGGUGAUGCAGGUGCUGAAGCACCUCCCCAAGGUGCCGGAGAAGAAGCUGAAGAUGGUGAUGGCGGACAAGGAGCUGUACAAGGUGUGCGCGGUGGAGGUGAAGAGGCAGAUCUGGCAGGACAACCAGGCUCUGUUCGGGGACGAGGUGUCUCCGCUCCUCAAGCAGUACAUCGUGGAGAAGGAGGCGGCGCUGUUCAGCAGCGACCUCUCCAUCCUGCACAACUUCUUCAGCCCGUCGCCCAAAGCCAGGCGCCAAGGCGAGGUGGUCCUGAAGCUGACGCAGAUGAUCGGGAAGAACGUGAAGCUGUACGACAUGGUGCUGCAGUUCCUCAGGACGCUCUUCCUGCGCACCAGGAACGUCCACUACUGCACGCUGAGGGCCGAGCUGCUGAUGUCCCUCCACGACCUGGACAUCAGCGAGAUCUGCUCCGUGGACCCCUGUCACAAGUUCACCUGGUGCCUGGACGCCUGCAUCCGGGAGAAGUUCGUGGACGGCAAGCGAGCCCGAGAGCUGCAGGGCUUCCUGGACGGGGUGAAGAAGGGCCAGGAGCAGGUCCUGGGGGACCUGUCCAUGAUCCUGUGUGACCCCUUUGCCUGCAACACUCUGGUGCUGAGCCUCAUCAGGAACCUGCAGGAGCUGCUGAGCCAGGACGCUCUGCCCAGGGACAGUCCUGACCUGCUGCUGCUGCUGAGGAUGCUGUCUCUGGGUCAGGGGGCCUGGGACAUGAUCGACAGCCAGGUGUUCAAAGAGCCUCGUCUGGACUCCGAGGUCGUGACCCGCUUCCUGCCCAUCAUGAUGUCGGUGGUGGUUGAUGACCACACCUUCACCGUGGAGCAGAAGCUGCCCGGAGAGGAGAAGAGCUCCACGCCUGCACACAUGUUCCCCUGA